GGAUUGACAAAUAGGUUGAGAAUUAUAGCAGGAAGCAAGAAUACGGUGUUGGAAAGUAAUCCUCCAUGAUUGAUUAUAGAGCAGACUAGAAUGACUUUAUCACAUAAUUCUCCUGUUAUAAAUUAUGACUUGUAUCUUAUACUAUGACUGAAUGAUGACUUCCUUGUAUUCCAUCACGAGCAAGAGAAAAUCUUCAGAUGCUGGAAAUCCAAGCAACAGCCACAAAAUGCUGGAGGAACUAAGCAGCUGGAAGAGAGGAGCGUUGACAUCCAGAUGCUGCCUGGCCUGAUGAGUUCCUCCAGCAUUUUGUCUGUGUUCCUUUGUAUCCCAUAUCAGGUUUUGUAAAGUUUGAGGGACAGUUACUGAUUUCUUCACUCGGAUCAUGACAUAUGCGUUCAAAAUUUAAAUGUCAGGUUAACGCUUUGUUCUCGUUUGUUUUAGUAACAUAAUUCAUUACUUCUUUCGUUGAAGUUAGACCUGUGGUGAGAGAUUUAUUGGAAGAGACGCCCACAACUGGAUGCAAACCACAACUGAAAACAAGGGAACAGCAACAAGUGAACCAGCCCGAGGACGGAGAUCAUCAAUUCGACAGAACCCUUCUGACUCGGAGUUUCCAUUAAUUCAGUCAGGAGAAAGUUCGGUCAUUGCCAGCAGGUGGGGCUUUCUUCCACCCGGACGUCGGACAAGCAGACGAUAAUCAACCAACGUCAGUCAGAGUCAGAAUGGACACAGAUCUGAACUCCGCCAUCUGCGCCUUCCUGUCAAAUUGUGACGAUCACCAACUGUUCCGGUUGACGAGAUUCUACAUGGAGAGACUGGAGCAGGCGAUUGAGGAGGGCGUGGAGGGAGUCAGCUUCAUGUUAAUGGGCGAGGAUCACUUCACCGGGCAGGAGUAUCACAGCGUGACUGAGCUCGCGGAGAAGGGAAACCGAGCGGGCGCUUCCAAACUCCUCCUGGAUCUGGUGAUGGAGAAGGGCUCCGGGGCCCGGAAAGUGAUGUGGGAAUCCUUUGUGAAACUACAUCACCAUUUACCGAAGCUGAGCAGAAUAUUGAAUGAAAUACGGGAGCGAGGUAACGGCCAGUUCGCCUACAUGGACACUGAGCGGGGUUUCUCUGAAGUGCCCAAGCAUCUGGAAGAUGUUCGAAGGAAACACAUGGAGACUUUGCGGACACAAACUGAAACACUGAGAGUGAACACGAUCCUGAUGAGGGAGAAGGUGAAGGUUUUCCAGCUGGUUGAUCGAUACGCUGAGCUCACGGUCAUUUCUACUGUUCGAGAUCGGAAACUGGUGGAACAUGAGCUGCUGGCAAGAGGCAGAGAUCACGAGGAGUGGAGAGAAAAAGAUCUCCGUGGUAAGCUGGAAAAAAUCCGUACUGAUCAGUUAUUCAAGAAGAGCUUUGUUCAAAAAUUGCAAAGAUAUUUCUUUGGAAACAAAUCAGGGAUAUCCGCAGCAGUGGCCGGAGUCCCAGGGAUCGGGAAAACAACAAUGGUACAAAAGAUUGUUUAUGACUGGGCCGCGGGGAAGAUAUACCAACAAUUCCAGUUUGUCUUCAGUUUCAAAUUCCGGGAUUUAAACACCAUUAACUGUAGAAUAAACCUGAAAGAACUGAUUCUGCAUCAUUACCCCUACUUUGGGAAUAUGCUGGGAGAGAUCUGGAAACAGACAGAGGGACUGCUGUUCAUAUUCGAUGGUUUGGAUGAAUUCAAGGACAAAAUCAACUUUGUUGAUCGUCGGAGAGACACAGAAUCACAGUACACAGAUCCUGAAUUCAAGUGCAAGGUGUCUGAUAUUGUGUACAGUUUAAUCCAGGGCAAGCUGCUCCCAGGGUGUUCAGUGCUGGUGACCACCCGUCCCACUGCGUUACAUUUAUUGGAAAAGGCAGACAUCAGUGUCUGGGCUGAAAUCCUGGGAUUUGUUGGUGAGGAACGGAAGGAAUAUUUCAUCAGGUAUUUUGAAGAUCAGACGGUGGCGGAAGCUGUUUUCAAACAUGUGAAGGAGAACGAGGUCCUGUAUACCAUGAGCUACAACCCCUCCUACUGCUGGAUCCUAGCUCUGGCACUGGGCCCCUUCUUCACACAAAGAGUCAGGGACCCACUGCGUGUUCCCAAGACCAUCACCCAACUGUACUCCUACUAUAUUUACAACAUCCUGAAAAACCAUGGCCGUGAGAUUGAGAACCCGCGUGAUGUGUUACUCAGGGUUGGUCAGAUGGCCUUCAGAGGAGUGCACGAGAGGAAGAUUGUGUUUACAGAUGGAGAUUUGAUCAACUACAAUCUGCAGCCUUCCCAGUUCCUGUCUGGGUUCCUGAUGGAGCUUUUGGAGAGAGAGGAUUCUGCCCGGAGCGUGGUGUACACAUUCCCACACCUCACUAUCCAAGAGUUUGUAGCUGCAGUCGCACAAUUCCUGAAUCCACAUCCCGGGGAUAUCCUGAAAUUCCUCACUGAAGCCCACAACACGACAGAUGGACGAUUUGAGGUAUUUCUUCGUUUUGUUGCUGGUCUCUCCUCCCCAAUGACAGCUCGGGGCCUGGAGGAGUUUCUGGGUCCAUUUCCUCAUCAAACAACCUGCCGGGUGAUUGACUGGGUGAAGGAGGAGGUUCAACGCCAGAGUGGAAACACAGAGAGUGAAGCUGGUAAAAGGAGCCUCCUGAACACAUUGCACUACCUGUUUGAGUCUCAGAAUCGUGGACUGGCUCAGGCCGCACUGGAAUCUGUGGAAAUGCUUUCAUUCAGUGGAAUGACACUGACCCCGAUGGACUGCGCGGUCCUGUCUCAUGUCAUCGGACUCUGUGAUGCAAUAAAACACCUGUACCUGGGGAUCUGCCACAUUCAGUGUGAAGGAAUCCAGCGGCUGGGACCCGGGCUGCACAAGUGCCAGGAUUUGAGACUUGGGGAGAACGACUUGGGAGAUUCAGGAGUGAAACUGGUGUCUGCGGCUCUGAGGAACCCGGAGUGUAAAGUACAGAAACUGGGGCUGAGGGAGGUCGGUCUCACAGAUUCUGGUGCCGAGGAUCUCGCCUCCGCUCUCAGUACAAACCGAUCACUGACGGGGCUGAGCCUGAGUUAUAAUAAACUGGGAGAUUCAGGAGUGAAACUGGUGUCUGCGGCUCUGAGGAAGUCAGAGUGUAAAAUACAGAAACUGGGGCUGAGGGAUGUCGGUCUCACAGAUUCUGGUGCCGAGGAUCUCGCCUCCGCUCUCAGUACAAAACCAUCACUGACGGGGCUGAACCUGGGUGAUAAUAAACUGGGAGAUUCAGGAGUGAAACUGGUGUCUGCGGCUCUGAGGAAGUCAGAGUGUAAAAUACAGAAACUGGGGCUGAACAAUGUCGGUCUCACAGAUUCUGGUGCCGAGGAUCUCGUCUCCGCUCUCAGUACAAACCCAUCACUGACGGAGCUGAACCUGAGUGAUAAUAAACUGGGAGAUUCAGGAGUGAAACUGGUGUCUGCGGCUCUGAGGAACCGGGAGUGUAAAAUACAGAAACUGUGGCUGAACAAUGUCGGUCUCACAGAUUCUGGUGCCGAGGAUCUUGUCUCCGCUCUCAGUACAAACCCAUCACUGACGGAGCUGAACCUGAGUGAAAACUCUCUGACAGACCGAUCUGUCCCCGGUCUCCGCCGCCUCAUACUGACCCUCCCGAGUCUGAAGUGGAUCUGGCUGGCGGGGAAUCGGUUCAGUGAGACCGGGAGGAAGGAACUGAGAUCUCUACAGGAACCCAGACCCGGACUGAUGGUGUAUCUGUGAACAUCUGAAUGUGGGGAAUCGGUUCAGUGAGACCGGGAUGAAGGAACUGAGAUCUCUACAGGAACCCAGACCCGGACUGAUGGUGGAUCUGUGAACAUCUGAAUGUGGUGAAUCAGUUCAGUGAGACCGGGAAGAAGGAACUGAGAUCUCUGCAGGAACCCAGACCCGGACUGACAGUGGAUCUGUGAACAUCCGAAUGUGUGAACAUCCCCGCCCGCGGGAUGGGGACAUUUGGCCGACUCCCCGCCCUCCCCUUUAACUCCCGCCCUUACCUUUAACGCCGCCUUUAACGGCCGCGCGCCGGGGCUGAUUCCCAACGGUUUUAACUGGACCGGCUCAAGCCUCGCGCUGUGUGCGUCGCUCGGAGAGGUCCCGCAGUGACGUGUUUCCGCCUGUUGUCCGGCGGGGCAGCUUCCGCCGGAAGUGCGUGUACGAGACUCCCCACGUGGCACCCCGGGGAAUUACCCGGACGGGAAGAGCCCGGGGGUCCGGGGCUCAGUCUGGGACUCCAGUGUCCCGGGGUGGGGGGGAUGAUCCCGGGAGAGAAUCCUUUUGCCCCCUUUGCUGAGGACGGUGCAUUCGGCAGCCUGGCCCAUAUAAUGAUGUUAAAUGGACAAAUCCCUCGGCAGUGACCCUGGAUCUGCAGCGAUCCCGGGCACGGCCCUGAAGUGUGAUUUUAUAAUCAUCGGUUCCCCGAUGCAGAGUGACGGUGAGAAACGGGACUGAUUAUUCAACCGGUCACCCGUUGUCGCUGGUCAGUUAAUUGUGUCUGACUGUGAGUGAGUCGGGAGCAGCUUAUUUAUUCCCGCACGUCAGCAGCUCACACAUUGUUUAAUUACAUUUGUCUUGAUGAAAUCA